UGGCUGAAGCUACAAAUAAUCUAAGCAACAAUGGAAGUGGAAGCACUCUUCUUAGGGAGUCUGAUCGAAGAAUGCGUCGUCCAUCAUCUGGGUCUGAUGAAUCUCCAGUUCACAUGCGAAUAGGACCUGAAUAUCAAGCAUCAAUUCCACCUCUUGAAACAACAAAACGAGUUGUAAGCAGAGGGCCAGCCUUGGUUAUAUGGAAACCAUAUUCUAAGUUACCUGAACAAAAGCUUAUGAAAUUCGUUGAGUUCUCCAGGACAAAGUUUGGUUAUAGAGAGGAGCAGUCUUUAGGAUUACUUGUUUGUCACAGAUAUAAUAUUGAUGAUGCCAACAAAGAUCUUGUUAAUUUUGUACCUUAUCCAGAUGAUUGGACGCCAUUGGAAAAACAAACUUUCGAAAUAGGUUUCCAGGAGCAUGGAAAAGACUUUCACAAGAUUAAAAUGAUGCUUCCAGAUAAGUCUGUGAACAACAUAGUUAAGUUUUACUACAUUUGGAAGAAAACUCGGUCAAAGUAUCAAACCCUCAAGAAUAAAAUGAAGUCAAAACGCUCAAAUAUGGACAGUGAUGAUGAUUCUUAUGAUGAUUUGAAUGAGCACAAGAACAAAAGAAUAAGGAUGGGUUCUUCUUCACUGAUAACCUCAAGUUUUACGCAAAGCCAGAUUCCAAUUAUACAAGCCCUUUACAAUACCAACAAUGGAACAGGUGUCAAUGAACCAUGCACUAAUUGCCACAGAGCCAAAGCUGUAACUUUAGUUACCUUAAAGCGUGAGCAUCUAUUGUGUUAUGCUUGCUCAGAUUACUAUCAGAAGUAUUCAACUAUGAGGCCCUUGUUUGAAUCAGCUGUUGUUGGAACUGGUGAGACCAAUGAGAAAACCAUCUUGAAUCCUCCCGAAGGCAUUGAUUUGACCUUGGAUUCUUUAAAGUUAGUGGCCAGUCCAAAAGAUGCUCAUCAUUAUCUGGCAUGUCUUACCAAUCAAGUGAUAACAUACAAAAACAAGAUCCUUGAUCAGAAGCAACAAUACCAGAGGUUGCAGAAGAAAUUCAAAAACCUUUCUUUGGAGCAGUAUAGGAUCCCAGAAAGCCCACCUUCCAGCAGCAAAGGGUGGUCUGAUCACGAAGUAGAAAUGUUCAAAUUAAGUUUCACCAACUAUGGUAAAGAUUUUGAAGCUGCUGCAGUUAUUGUUGGAACUAAAUCAGUGUCACAGUGCCGAAGCCUCUACUACAGCAAGAAAGACAAAUAUGACUUUGAUGACCUUCUUGAUGAAUAUGAUGCAAAACAAGAGAAAAUGGAGACAGACGAACCUAAAGACACUAAGGACAGUAAAGCUGAAGAACAGCCAAGUAGUAAAGACAACGAAAUACAGAUUGUGUCUGGAAAUUCUCCAAGGAGUACGAACACAAAAUCUCCUGACAAUUUUGUGUUCAAUAUGCAGAUUGGGGGUAUUACCCAGCCGGUCAGACUCCAGCGUGUCCCAAUCCAGCUUGGUCAGACAGGAAACCAAGAGCCGAUUGUUAUUGAUCUUACUGAUGAUGAUGACGACUCUAGGCCUGCCAUCUCUCUUUCAAUUAGCUCAGAAAAGAAGGAAACUGUGAAGAAAGUGUUGCAUGUUGUAAACAUUGUGGACGAUGAUAUACAGAUUAUAGGUUCUAACAAUAUAAAGUGAAUUAUAUUAUAAUCAUAUUCCCAGUAGUGUUGACUGUUGUACACAAGGUUUGGCUUCACCGUCUAGUUGUUGUUACAGCGCACCUAUUUUAGGAAUAAGGUGAUCACCUUAAAAAGUAGCGCAUUUUCUUUAUGAAAAUAGUUUAUGUUGUAGUUGUCAAGAUAGGAUAUUUAUUUGACGCACCUUGCAAAGCUAAAGCGAACAUUUAAUCUUCAGUGGCGCAAGUUAAAAGUUGUAACCAUGUGUUUCUAGAUAACAGAACAGAUUCAUGCACAAAUAACACUGCAUAAUUUCUCUCAGUCACGUAUGAUACAUUUUUCCUGAAGAGUCCAAUGAACUUCAAAAUAAAAGUAGUGUAAAAUUAAAAUGUAUUAUAUUUUUUUGCUAAAUUAUUACCACAUUAAGGUAUCUAGAAUAUUCGACCCACACUUAUCUUCAAUCUAAUCCAGGAGUCUUCAAGUUCGAUUGGAGUUUGAACGGUUUCAUUUUCAUUUAUUAUUUAUAUUGUAUCAUCAAAGAAUAUAAGUAUUUAGUACGUUAAUGUUUCGUAAGGCUUACAUUCUCCGCAGAAACAUCGAAUCUCUAUGAAGACAAUAAUGAACAUUAUCCAUAAUAAAACAACAAAAUAAAUGUGUCAGUAAUGAACAGCAGGCCUCAUGUAAUCGUGUAACUUUAGUAUAUUUUAUUGGCAAUGGCUGUUAAACACUACAACUUGAGAUAUAAUAAUGAAAUUAUUCAGAAAUAGCGAGGCAUUAAAUGAACUAGCUAUAUAAUACUAUACGGACGAAUAUAUCUGUAUUAUAUUUUCUUUAACUUUUAUACGAUAGAGAUUUUAUAUUCGGCUGGGUAUGUUUUCAAGAAGAGCUUAAAUUAGAAUUUUUCACAAUAAUAAUGAAUUAUACAUGAAGUGCGAAUAAUAAAAUACACAUGGAAUAGUAUUCUCUCGAGUUCCUCUUAGCAGAUGUUACAAAUAAUUGUGUCAUUUUAAAUGAUCUGAUCAAUUGAUUAAAUAAUUAUUUAACUAACGUGUAAUAUUUGCUUUUUUAGCAAACGGAGUAUAGGCGUAUAUUUGGGGAUCAUAUUAUGAUUAAACCAUAGUUUAUCGUGAAAUAUAAUCUAAAUCGAAAAGAAGUUUUUCAAAGAUAAGGGGGAUAAAGAAGAAAUUGUAAGCUUUAUCGUUAGAAAAUUGACAGUUUUGUCAAAUAAAGCCGAAUAUUUGUUUUCCAUGUUUGUAUUGUUAACGUCAUGUUUCAUUA